GGCUGAGAAAUAAACUAUAAUGAUGACGUGGCAUCCAUUUCUCGUUUAAAAGGAUCAAAAACUGAAACACCAAAGUACAUUCCAUGCCAGAUUGCCAACAAAGACAGUGAGAUUUAUCUCGGGCGUUUACCCAGAAACUUAAAGAAAAUGCAAGAAAAUACUGGUAAGGAUCCCGCCAUCAAGCUCUUCGGCAAGAAAAUACCUCUGAUGACUGACGGUGACCCUCCGCCGAUCUCCGCCGAGGACUUGCCUGCCUUGGAGAGAGUUGAACAAGGAGAAGAUGAAGAGAAAGCAGAGAAGGAUUUUACAGCAGGAAAAGUCCCUGAUAUUUCUGAAGAAGAUGAUGCUCCACUGCAGGAUACAGAGGAGCCUGCAGAUCCAGAAACAUCACCAGAGACUAAUGUGAACCCCAAAACACCCUCUAUCAAUGAAGAAUCUGCAAAAUCAAAGACUUCCAAGACAGAGAAAGAGCAGAAUGAUGCAAGCAACAAACAAGAGAAAACCCUCAAGAAGCCUGACAAAAUACUUCCGUGCCCUAGAUGCAAUAGCAUGGAUACCAAAUUUUGUUACUACAACAAUUACAAUAUCAACCAACCGCGCCAUUUCUGCAAAGCCUGUCAAAGAUAUUGGACUGCUGGUGGUACCAUGAGGAAUGUCCCAGUGGGAGCUGGACGUCGCAAGAAUAAGAACUCUGCCUCUCAUUAUCAUCACAUAACCAUUUCUGAGGCGCUUCAGGCUGCUCGUAUUGAGGCUCCUGAUGGAACACACAGCCCUGCACUGAAAACUAGUGGUAGAGUCCUUAGCUUUGGCUUGGAUGCACCAAUAUGUGAUUCCAUGGCUUCUGUAUUAAAUAUCGCUGAUAAGAAGGUUUUGAAUGGCACUCGAAAUGGCCUUCAUAACUUUGAAGAACAGAGAAUUCCAGCUCCUUGCAAUGGUAGAGAAAACGGUGAUGAUUGCUCAAGUGGAUCUUCUGUGACAGUUUCCAAUUCAAUGGGGGAAGGUGGCAGGACUUGCUUACAAGAACAUUUUAUGCAAAGCAUCAAUGGGUUUGCCUCUCCAAUCCCAUGCAUCCCUGGUGUUCCCUGGCCCUAUCCUUGGAAUUCUGUUUUGCCCCCUCCAGCUUUUUGCCCACCAGGAUUUCCCAUAUCAUUUUAUCCUGCCUUUUGGAAUUGUGGUAUCCCUGGUGGUUGGAACAUCCCUUUGGUGUCUCCUCAAUCAUCUUCUUCAUCAUCAAAUCAAAAGGCUCCAUCUGGUCCUAAUUCUCCUUUGGGAAAGCACUCGAGAGACGGGGACACACUUAAGCCAGAAGACCUGGAGAAAGAAGAGACGGCAAAGAAUAGAAAUGGACAUGUUUUAGUUCCUAAAAUUCUAAGGAUUGAUGAUCCAACUGAAGCUGCAAAAAGUUCUAUAUGGGCAACGCUUGGAAUAAAGAAUGAAACCCUUACUGGGGGAAGACUGUUCAAGGCCUUCCAACCAAAGAGUGAUGAAAAGAAGCAUGUUGCUGAAACCUCUCCGAUAUUACGCGCAAACCCUGCUGCCUUGUCUCGUUCCAUCAACUUUCAUGAGAGAUCUUGAAGUGGUGGCAUGCAGACCAUAAGAGCAAGGUCAAGUUCAACUCAUCUGUAUGUGGUUGCAUCACUCACUGCGAUCCUGAAUGGAUCAAUUUAAUCACUAGCUUCAUUGCAAACAAUGUUAGCAGCUAACUGACCGAUACAAGGAAGUAGAGGGGCAAGUUUCGGUUUUUGAAGGACUUAGGGAAGGUCUAGUGUGACUAAUUUUGUUUUUGUGACACUGCAAACAGAUGCCUCUUGUUUUACUUGGUUUUCUGGAUUUGUGUUCAUGUAAAUAUCCCUAUAUAUGUGAUGUACUGGGCUAGGGUUGUAUAAAAAUCUUUAGAUGUAGCAAAAAUCUCUGGAGGAACUGCUCUUAAGUUUUUCAUACUACAGCUAGAAAAUGGGAUAUUUUUUCUCCAUUUUCCAUGCUGUUCUGUACAAUAAACAAGAAGUCUUUCAAGCUA